AUGGACGUGAGCGCGUUGUUCAGGGCGAGCGUGAAGGCGGUGAAUUUGCGCAACAAGGACCUCGGCGCGCCGGCGACGGAGUGCCGUCCGCGAAGGGGCAGGAGCACCUUCUGCGCGAAGGCGCACGCGGUGGUGGUGCAGAUCUCCAAGCUGCGCGAGUUCCUGCUGGAGAACCGCAGGGCCUACCUGAACUUCUCCAACUACCUGUCGGCCGCGCCGCGCAUGACGGACGCGGAGCGCGACGAGAUCGACGCCGGGGCGCAGCGGAUAAUGGGCACCUGCUCGCAGCUGGUCAAGGACCUGAGGCGCGAGGUCGCCGCGGCGACGGAGAUCAGCCAGCAGAACGUCGAGCACCGCGAGAUCAUGCUGCUGCUGAUAGAGGACUACCUGAAGAACGUCUGCAAGAUAUACUCGGAGCAGAAGGCGAUGCGGGUGAAGAGAGCGAUGGAGAUGCGGAGGCUCGCCCGGCUGCAGGCCGACCAGCCGCCGCCGCCACCACUGUCGGCGACAACGACGACAACGACGGCGAGGAAGUCGCAGCUGAACGCGUCGGUCGCCGCCGAUCCCGCGACGACCGACGAUCACGACGCCAGGAGCGGCUCGAGCGAGUCGAGCCCGAUGAAGAUUCAGGAGAUCAACGGCGACGUGAACACGCUGACGUACGAGGAGGAGCUGUCAGCCGAGGACGUUCAGAUGUUCGAGUCCGAGAACGAGCAGCUGUACAACGAGCUGAACACGAUGACGGAGGAGGUGAGGCAGAUCGAGAGCAAGGUCGUGCACAUCGCCGAGCUUCAGGAGAUCUUCACGGAGAAGGUGCUGGACCAGGACAGGGAUCUCGACAGGCUGAUGACGACGGUGGUCGGGUCGACGGAGAAUAUGAAGGAGGCGAACGAGCAGAUACGCCAGGCGAUCCAGCGGAACGCCGGCCUCAGGGUGUGGAUUCUCUUCUUCCUUUUGGUGAUAUCGUUCUCCCUGCUGUUCCUCGACUGGUACAAUCCGUAA